GAGCGUCGCUCCGCUCCCGCCUCAUUGCCGGCCCGGCUCCUUCCUCCCCGCUUCUCUUCCUUCCUCCUCCUCGCCGUUUCCUGCCAGUCUCGCGCCGCGGCGGCGACCGCUCGGCGUUGAAGGGGAAAAGGCGGCAGUGUGAGGGCGGGGAGAGGAAGAGAGGAGGACGGCCCUCAUCCGCGCGGCCGCUCCCGCCCCGCUCCGGUUCUUGCGGUUCCUGGGGCGGGGAAGGGCGGAGGGGGCAGGGUGAGGAGAGAGCGCGGCUGCCCGGCCCAGGCCGACGGCUCGUCCUAGGGCGGCUUCGGCCUCCGUCCCUCUGCCGCCGGCACGGAGCUUGAGGCCGAACCGGGCGUUCCGGCCCGCAGAAUUAGAGAAUAAAAAUGGGGACUCCUGGAUCAGGACGGAAGAGAACUCCAGUGAAAGACAGAUUUUCUGCAGAAGAUGAAGCUCUGAGUAGCAUUGCCAGGGAGGCUGAAGCCAGACUUGCAGCAAAACGGGCGGCUCGAGCAGAAGCAAGAGAUAUACGUAUGAGAGAGCUGGAGAGGCAGCAAAAAGAGUUUUCUCAGCAUUCAUAUGAUACAAAAUGGGCUCAUAUCCAGAAAUGGAUGGAAGAUUCAGAGAGGGCCAGGUAUUCUCACCGGUCCAGUCGACAUUCAUAUUUGAGUCCUUUGGAUAGCAGUGGGUCUCACAGGAGCAGAACAAGUACCACCAGAAGGAGAGAUCUUGUGUAUGACAGUGCUAAGGAUAGACCUGCAAGAUAUUCGGUCCCUAGUCAUGCUUACGGUGAAUCUCACAGUACAAGGAAGAAAACUGCUUAUUCCCGUAAAGAUUUAUUGAGUGGACUUUACCAUGAUCAAAGAAAUUAUAGCAGCCUUAGAUAUAGCAAACCGAUUCCUUCCUACUAUACUCGGUCGUCUUCUCUAUACAGUGAUCCAGUGGCAACAACUAGGAGUUACAGGGUGUCUCCUUCUGUAAACACUGGUUUGAUAAGAAGUAUCAGUUUGGCAUCUUUGAGUGGUGAUGGAUUACGUAGCUCAUGUAGUUCUUGCACUCCAUCUGAAUACAGUUGGUAUUCUUCAAGAGCAAGCUCAAUUCGAAGUAGUCCUGUGUCCUCUGAUUUUUCUGAUAAAAGUGAAACUGCUGCUGACUAUUUCAGUCGCUCCAACCGCAGGGGAAGCGUUGUUUCUGAUGCAGAUGAUGUCCAAGGUUUGAAUAGUCUGGAAGAAAAGAGUGAAAAAUCACAUUCAGAAAUUUUUUCAAGGCCGUCGUCUCGCAAUUCAAUUCCUCUGAGUGGCAACUCAUCUAGGAGAGGAAGUGGAGAUACAAGCAGUUUAUUGGAUCCUGAUGCCUCCCUCAGUGAAUUACGGGAUAUCUAUGAUCUUAAGGACCAGAUACACGAUGUAGAGGGGAGAUACAUGCAGGGACUUAAAGAACUGAAGGAUUCGCUCUCUGAAGUUGAAGAGAAGUACAAGAAAGCUAUGGUUUCCAAUGCUCAACUAGACAAUGAGAAAAACAACUUGGUGUACCAAGUGGAUACUCUAAAGGAUGUCAUUGAGGAGAAAGAAGAGCAAAUAGCAGAGUACCACAGGGAAAAUGAAGAGAAGUCAAAGGAAUUGGAAAGACAGAAACACACGUGCAGUGUUCUGCAGCACAAGCUGGAUGAACUUAAAGAGGGCCUGCGACAAAGAGAUGAAUUGAUAGAGGAGAAUCAACGCAUGCAGCUGCAUAUAGAUUCCAUAACCAAAGAGGUGUUUGAUCUCCAGGAGACAAUUAAUUGGAAAGAUAAAAAAAUAGGGGCCCUAGAAAGACAGAAAGAUUACUUUGACUGCAUUAAGAAUGAGCGAGAUGAGCUCAGAGAGGAGUUGGCUGACCUGAAGGAAACAAUGAAGAGAGGAGAGAAACAUGGGUUAGUGAUAAUCCCAGAUGGCACACCAAAUGGUGAUAUCAACCAUGAGUCUGCAGUUGGUGCAAUAACAGUUGUAUCGCAGGAAGCUGCUCAAGUCUUGGAAUCUGCAGGAGAAGGGCCGCUAGAUGUCCGGCUACGCAAGUUAGCUGGAGAAAAGGAAGAAUUGCUGUCCCAGGUUAGAAAACUGAAGAUGCAAUUGGAAGAAGAAAGGCAGAAAUACUCUAAAAGUGAUGGCAUGAAUCCAGAUAUAGUAGGCUUAGAGAAUGGUUCUGACUUGCAACUAAUUGAAAUGCAGAGAGAUGCCAACAGACAAAUUAGUGAAUACAAGUUUAGACUUUCAAAAGCUGAACAAGACAUAACCACCUUGGAACAAAAUGUUGGACGGCUGGAGGGACAGGUUGCAAGGUAUAAAAAUGCAGCAGAAAAUGCAGAAAAGGUGGAAGAUGAACUCAAAGCUGAAAAGAGGAAGCUUCAGCGAGAGUUAAGAACAGCACUGGAUAAGAUAGAAGAGAUGGAGAUGACCAAUAGCCACUUAAUGAAACGGCUGGAGAAGAUGAAGGCAAACAGGACUGCGCUUCUAUCUCAACAGUGAAGUGGAAAUUGAAAGUACAAUGCACUGCUCCUUGAAUAACUAGCCCUAGCUCAUUUUUAAAUACAGACUUUCAUUGGCACACACUAUGUGAACACAGAGUUGUUCAGUGGUGUUUUAGUUUCAUAAUUAAAUGACGUACUUCUUUUUGUAACUUAUGAGAAAAUGAGAUGUAGUUUGAAUUCCCUUGUGAAUAGCAGCAAUUCUUCUGUAGCGUUUGAUUCUAGAGUCAGAGCUGGAGCACAAUGCUGUAUGUUCAACCUGGUGAUAGAAAACAUUUUCACAGCUGUGGAAUCAAGUUUACUCACGAUCUCUUCUGGCUGCUUUAAUGAUGCUUGAUGCUCAGAGACAACUGCAUGAAUUCAAGAAGACACUGUAUUAUAAACUUAACAUACGUUUGCUCAAGACAUCACACAGCACAAGUGCCUUUUAUCUGGUGCAAUUUAGACUUCAUUCUUGAAAUAACCAUUGAAAUCAGAUAACAUUUUAUUUUAAGAUACAUUUGGGGUGUUCACUGAACUUUAUACAUUUUGAAAAUGCAUUUUUGUAAAAUAUUUAAAUUUAUAAGAAAAUAAAUAGGGACUGUAUAUAAAAAUCUGCUUUUUUUUUUUUGCAUGGGCACAUGUGAGUUCUAGAUAAUUUUGUCAAAUACUGGCCCUUGAUGCUCUUAGUUUAAGAGUACAGAUUUUCAGGCUUUUGUUGUAUUCCGUCAGUUUGUCAUCUGCUGCUCAAGUGUGAACUGAAAUUUUAGGGUGGGAGGAAGGGUUGGGGAAUGUGGCUGAGGAGUUCAUUAAAUGGACACUUUACUGACCAAAAGCAGAUGCUUCGUGUUUUCUUCGAAAUGCUGAGGUUCCAACAGAAUAAAGAAAGUCUGCACAGAACAGUGAAUUUUGAUCUUCGUAUUCAUAAAAAAGGUUUUUUUACUUUUUAAUCCAAAGGUUUUGAAGUAGUGAGUUUGGUUGGGUUUUUUGUUUUUGUUUUUGUUUUUUUUUCCUAGCCAGGUCUGCUACUUCAUGACAAUACCAUCAUCAAGUCAGUACAAGUUGUUCUGGAACUGUUUUGUCUGUAGCUUAUUCUCUGUGUUCCGUGAAAGCUAUUCAGAACUUCCACUCUUUUCAAGCUGGCACAAGGGCUGUGUUAAUAAAUAUCACCAGCAGUGGGAGUUCUUAACUGCCUGACACACUGUUAGCCUUUGUUUGAGGCUAGCAAGGCCAAAUGUUUCACUUGAGAGAAAUCGUUCUUUUGGACUCGUAUCAGAUACUUUCCUGUUGCAAAUGGUUGCCUGUCAGUAUUCCUCAAACCAAAAUAUAUAUUUACAAUCCGA